UGACAGAACACAAAACAACCAAAGAGAAAAUGCAUCUGCUCUUUCAGCGGUCCUCAAAAGCCGCAGUAACGGUCACUCGCUCUCUAGCCCUCCCGCCAAAACCCCCAUCCUCCUCCUCCUCCUCCUCCGUCUUCUUCCUCUCAUCACAACCCCAUAACCAGAACCACGAAAUCGGCUCAAUCGGCUCCCCUUCCAGGAUCCAAAAUCUCAUCGCUUCACAAUCAGACCCUCUCCUCGCCAAAGAGAUCUUCGACUUGGCCGCCCGCCAACCCCAUUUUCGCCACUCCUACUCUUCCUUCUUCACUCUCAUCCUCAAGCUCGGCCGCUCCAAGUACUUCUCUCUCGUCGAUGACCUCCUCAUCCGCCUCAAGACCCAGAACUACUCUGUCUCCCCGGCUCUCUUUGCCCACUUGAUCAAGAUUUACGGCGAAGCCAAUUUGCCACAGAAAGCCCUCCGCACCUUUUAUACCAUGGUGGAAUUUGACUGCAGGCCUUCCGUCAAACACUUGAAUCGCAUUCUUCAAAUCCUCGUUUCUCACCGGAACUUUCUCCGCCCGGCGUUCGACGUCUUCAAGGACGCUCACCGUCAUGGGGUGAUGCCCAAUACUCAGUCUUACAACAUCUUGAUGCGUGCUUUUUGUUUGAAUGGGGAUCUUAGCAUUGCCUACCAGCUAUUCAACAAAAUGUUUGAGAGAGACCUUGUUCCAGAUGUGCAGUCGUAUCGGAUUCUGAUGCAGGGGUUGUGCAGGAAGGGUCAGGUGAAUACGGCGGUUGAUUUUUUGGAGGACAUGUUGAACAAAGGGUUCGUUCCGGAUUCGUUGAGUUACACUAGUUUGUUGAAUAGUUUGUGUAGAAAGAAGAAGCUUCGUGAGGCUUAUAAGCUGCUUUGUAGGAUGAAGGUUAAAGGGUGCAAUCCUGAUAUUGUGCAUUAUAAUACUGUUAUUUUAGGAUUUUGUAGAGAAGGGCGUCCAGUUGAUGCUUGUAAAGUUCUUGAGGAUAUGGCAUCAAAUGGGUGCUUGCCAAAUUUGGUGUCCUAUCGGACUUUGGUUAGCGGGUUAUGUGAUCAUGGGAUGCUUGAUGAGGCAAAGAGUUAUAUGGAGACAAUGAUAUCAAGGGGGUUUUCUCCGCAUUUUUCGGUUGUUCAUGCUUUAGUUAAAGGAUUCUGUAAUGUGGGCAGGGUUGAGGAAGCCUUUGCAGUUUUGGAGGAGGUGCUAAAGCAUGGGGAGGUUCCUCAUACAGAUACUUGGCUUACAAUAGUUCCUGGGAUAUGCGAAGAGAUUGAGCUAGAGAGAUUGGAGGAAAUUCUGAGAGAGGUAAUGAAGGUGGAAAUUAGGCCGAACACCAGAAUAGUAGAGGCAGCUAUUGGUUUGGAGGAUUACUUGAUAAAAAAGAUACGGGCUAAACCGAGGAGAGCUUAUUAGAUGCUUCGUACUAUUUGGCUCCCUGGUUUUGGUCAAGUAACUGGCCUUACCUUUUUUGUUUGUCACUAAUCCAGCCAUAAACGUUGCAAGUGCUUUUCAAAAGAAUGCAAUCUUGCUUGAAGCAACUGCAACUCCACCGACAUGGGUGUUUUGGUACUUUAGUUUGCUUCUCCUUCCAUCAUCAACAGGAUGCUAGUUUAUUUGAAGUACUGCUUUUCAGGCCUUGUUUUUCCACUAGGUAUGGACUUCACUAGGACAGGGAACAAUUCCUCCCUCAUGCUUGCCAUCUCUCAGUCAGAACAGAACUUCUGCAUUUUUUAUUGGAGAGUUCUGAGGCUUCUAAUUCAAGAGCAGCAUGAGAAUAUCUUAACUUGUAUUUUCUCUUGGAGCUAGAAACUGAAGCUACUUUAGACGUUCUGAGAUGAGCUUUCAUUGAAGAUGAAAUCUCAAAACGCGACAUUUAUUCUCAUGAUUCAGCUGAUGCAAAUAUGGAGCUGCCGGAUGGGAACAAUUCAAUGGCUCAAAGUCAGAAUUCAAUGGUUCAAAGUAGAUACUCUCAUUCAUGUUAUUAUUAAGGGUAUCUCCCCAAUAGAUGGAUCUCCUGGCAAUGAUGACACUGCAUCAAUAGUAGACUGGCCUUCAAAGAAAGGCAUUGGUCAUCUGUUUGAGUUUAGUGCAUACUAUGUUGCACGUGGAAGAGCUAAUGUCUCGAAACGUGUAUUGUCUAAAAUUUUGGUGUAUUUGACGUCAAAGAAUAACUUUCCAUCAUGGGUUGCUGGAGAUAGCAUAACUUCAAAAAGUAGAGAGAAACAGGUUCUUGGCCUUCUUGAGGUAGUGCCUGAGACCGAUUGGGAUUCAUUUUAUGAGAAAGCGUGAUUUUACCAGAUUUGUGGCCUAAUUCAUACCAGCAGAUAUCAGUAUCUUGCUGCUCUGGACUGCUACAUGAAAGAUAUAGAUGAACCCGUUCAUGCCUUCUCCUUUAUUAACAAAAUAUUAUUGUGGCUGACCGACAAUGAAUCCGCUGCUUUUCAAUCAGAAGUAAUUUAUCAAAUUCCAGAAUUUUUUUACUUAAACAGAGAAGGCACAUGCGUCUUGGUUAUCAACAAUUUUACUAGUGAAACCAUAUCCUCUCUGAACUUCAUCCCCAUCCAAAAAGCCUAUUCCUCGGUGAUUGAGGUUCACUUAUCUGGCCCUCGACUGUUCAAGUUUAAGAAAAGAUGAUCUUGUGAGGGUAAAGGAUCAAUCAAUAGCAGUUGAGGCUUACUUGGAAAGGAUCUCUGAUUUCCCAAAGCUUUUGCGUAACAAUCCUGUUAAUGUGACUGAUGAUAUGAUUGAACUUUAUUUGGAGCUGUUAUUUCAGUAUGAGCGGAAUUGAGUUCUCAAAUUCCUAGAGACUUAUGAUAGCUAUCGCGUGGAAGGAACACUGUUUACGCCUGUGCCAGAAAUAUGGGAUAACAGAUGCUGCAUCAUUCUUGUUGGAAAGGGUUGGUGAUGUUGGCAGUGCUCUUUUACAUACACUUUCCACCCUCAGUGAAAAAUUUAUCAAGCUUGAUACUGCUAUGGGAAGUCUGGUAUCAAGUGGUUCUGCACGUACUGAGCAUUUCAGCAAUGCUUUAAAGCUCCAUAAAGGUGUUCAUAUCUUAAGAAAAUUGUUCUCUCGGUUCAUCAAGGAGAUUGUUGAGGGCAUGAUAGGUUAUGUUCGCCUUCCAACUAUCAUGUCCAAACUCCUUUCUGAUAAUGGUAGCCAGGAAUUUUGUGAUUUUAAAUUCACAAUAUCAAUAUUAGAUAAUGAGUUUGUUUUGCUUU